AGACAAUGUAAUUUUUUCGUUGAAUUGACCUUGACUAGCGGUCUGAACUACUAUCUAGAAGAGUUUUGUGAUCGUGUCAACUAUUUGUGUUCCAAGGAUUUUGCAUUGAGCUAAAAGCAUAGAUAUAUUGUUCUAUGAGAUCGUACUUCCAAAGACGUUGGUGCAUUCCACUAAGCGUUUACGGCGCAUGAAAUAGGUUAAUAAGAAAGAAAUGGAUAUCCUAAAUAUUAAAGAAGAAAUGAAUAUUUACGAGGAUUUUACAUCCAUUGUCGAUGUUGGGAAAGAAUUUAUUGAUGAAGUAUCCACACUAACGAUUCAAAAUGUAAUUGGAAAGGUGGAUGGAAUUCAACCAAUAAAACAUGAAAUAAAAGAUGAAUUAGAUACAUUGGAAAUAUUUAAUAACCAUGUGGAUAUAGGUAACAAUAGAAAAAGGAACAUUUCUAGUACACACAACAUCAUUAGAAAUCAAAUGGAAUAUUUGAAAAUUGACGGUGGAAACAGAACUAAAUCCAAAGAGGUUAUAAAGAAAGAAAUGAAUAUCCAAAACAUUAAGGAGGAAAUAAAUACUUAUGAGGAUUUUCCAUCUAUUAUCGAUGUUGGGAAAGAAUUUUUGGAUGAAGUAUCUACACUAACAAAUCAACAUCUAAUUGGAAAAAUGGAUGGAAUUCAAAUAAAACAUGAGAUAAAUGAUGAAUUAGAUACAGAGAAAAUAUUUAAUAACCAUGUGGAUACAGGUAGCAACAGAAAAACGAACAUAUCUAAUACACACCACAUCAUUAGAAACCAACUGAAAUAUUUAAAAGAAGACGUUAGAAAGAAGACUAAAUCGAAAGUUGCAGGACUGCUAAGAAAAUGGGAAUAUAUCCAACCAAAAGCUAUGGGAUUAAUGAUAUGUGUAUAUUGUGGGAAUUUAUACACGAAACAAGUGGAAUUCUUAUGUCACUUUUCCACAAGCCAUUGUGUAAAACAAAAUGAGAAUAAACUUCACCAUCAAAAUUACAUUUUGAGAAAGAUUAAUGUGAAAGAUGAAAUUGAAGUAGUUGAACAUAAAUUUAAAGAAGAGUUGCAGGAAACCAUAAAUCAGUUGGAUGUUGCUCAUUCAAACCCUUGUGUAGGUGAGGGUUCAAAAUCAUUUGUAGAGGAGAAAAGUGAUUCAAAUAUACAGUUGGAUACUCACACAGGAUCAAAUCCAAUUUAUUGUGUUAUUUGUUUGAGAACUUUUACACGUAGAAGUAGUUUAAGCAGCCAUUUUCGUAUUCAUGCCAGAGAAAAACGAUUCAAAUGUGAUUCUAUGGAAACUGUUGAUAAUAUUAAUUUAAAUAACUAUUUUCCUGUUUAUACAAGAGAAAAACCAUUCAAAUGUGAUAUUUGUUUCAAACUGUUUCCAUAUAAAAGUAAUUUGAAUGUACACAUGUGUAGUCAUACAGGAGAAAAGCCAUACAAAUGUGAUGUUUGUUUGAAAACUUUUUUACAGAAAAGUUGUUUGAAUAAUCAUUUGCGUAUCCACACAGGAGAAAAACCAUUCAAGUGUGAUAUUUGUUCAAAAUCUUUUACCCAAAAAAUUAAUUUAGUUGCACAUUUACGUAUUCACAUGGGAGAAAAGCCACUCAAAUGUGGCAUUUGUAAGAAAUCCUUCAUACACAAAUUUAGUUUGAACAAACAUUUACGUAUUCACACAAGAGUAAAACUACUCAGACGUAAUUACUUGCAAAUUUCUACUUCACACCAUCACACAGGAGAGAAACCAUUCAAAUGUCAUAUUUGUAUGAAAUCUUUUCCAUAUAAAAUUAGUUUAAAUAAACAUUUGUCUGUGCAUACUGGAGAAAAACCAUUUAAAUGUGACAUUUGUUCAAAAACUUUUUCACAGAACUCAAGCUUGAUUAGACACUCACGUAUUCAUACUAGGGAAAAGCCAUUCAAAUGUGAUGUUUGUUUUAAACUGUUCUCGUAUAAAUAUUGUUUAAUUACACAUUUACGUAUACACACAGGGGAAAAGCCUUUCAAAUGUCACCUCUGUAUGGAAUCCUUUACACAGAGAAGUAGUUUAAAUAUACAUUCACAAAGUCACAAUGGAGAAAAACCAUUCCAGUGUAACAUUUGUUUGAAAUCUUUUCCUCAUAAAAUUAGUUUAAACAAUCAUUUACCUGUACAUACAGGAGAAAAGUUAUUUAAAUGUGAAAUUUGUUCUAAACAAUUUUCACAUAAAAGUAAUUUGAAUGCACACAUUCGAAUUCAUACAGGAGAAAAGCCAUUCAAAUGUGACAUUUGUUCGAAACCGUUUACCCAUAAAAGUAAUUUAAAUAUACAUAUGCGUAGGCACACAGGGGAAAAACCAUUCAAAUGUGAUGUUUGUUUGAAAACUUUUUCGCAGAACUCUAGUUUAAUGGCACAUUCACGUAUUCACACAGGAGAAAAGCCAUUUAGAUGUGACUUAUGUUCAGAAACGUUCUUACAUAAAAAUCAGUUGACCACACAUCUACAGAAUCACGUUGGACACAAACCAUUCAAAUGUGACAUUUGCUUCAAACCGUUUUCACAAAAAAGUAAUUUGAAUACACAUAUGCGUAGCCAUACAGGCGAAAGACCAUUCAAAUGUGACGUUUGUUUGAAAACAUUUUCGCAGAACGCUAGUUUAAUCACACAUUUACGUAUCCACACAGGGGAAAAGCCAUUCAAAUGUCACUUUUGUUCGGAAACUUUCUUACAGAAAAUUCAGUUGACCACACAUGUACAUAAUCACUUUGGAGACAUGCCAUACAAAUGUGAUAUUUGUGAAAAAAAGUUUUCGCGGAAAAAUAACUUGAACAGACAUUUGUUAAGUCACACGGGAGAAAAGCGAUUCAAAUGCGACAUUUGUUUGAAACCUUUUGCGCAAAAAAGUGGUUUGAAUACACAUUUACUCAGUCACACAGGUGAGAAACCAUUCAGUUGUGACAUUUGUCCCAAGUCUUUUGCACGAAAAAGUUGUUUGAAUAAACAUAUGUCCAAUCACACACUGCAAGAGACAAUCAAAUCUGCUUGAUAAAUUAUUAACGAUAUCAAUUUAUAAACAGUAGUCCUUUCUUACAAAUUUUAUUACUUCAAAGAUAAAAACAUCGUACAAAAUGAAUGAAACAAGAUUAUGAAAGUGGACUGUCCUGGUUAGCACUCUUUAGUGUUCCCAACUCUCAAAAAUUUAUUUCUAAAGCCCUACUCAAAUACCCUUAAAACCCCCACAACACACCGACGCUAUGUUAUCAAAUAGAGACAUUCGGAUUGGUCGGUAGGAUUCGUCUGCUCUCGGUAUGCAACAUCAGUCACAGUUCUUCAUCAACUAAGUGAAUACCUGCGGAAUAUGUUUUAUCAUUUGUUCUAUGAAAUAAUGUCUCUAGAGUCGGAAAUGUUAAAAUUGGUGCUAAAGAUUGAAAACCGCUCGUGUCUGACAUUACCUGAAUAUUCACGUAAUGACCUUAUUAAGAAAGCUUGGGUGUAAAGGUCAUUCUGUACAUAAAGUCAAAAUAUUUAUCAUCUUGAGAUAAUUCCUUAGAUGUCACGGUUAAACUGUUUUCAAUGUAAGGAUGUAAUAAUAAACAAACAUCGUUACAACUUCAUCUUCGCUGCUGCAGGACAUUUUGUUUUCAAGGUCAGAGCAGUACUAAACAUUUUAUUCAAUUUCAUAGAGCAGCCUAAGAGUGAAGAGGCUUUCAAAGCAGUUUAUGUUUUUUAUAUAGCUAAGCAUCAAAAUGCAACUAGGAAUUUUGAACCCCUAGUUACUUCACUCUAUAUAGAAUGUCUUUCGAGGGCUGUAAAUUGCUGCUACGAUGAGACAAGUAUAUGUUUUCGAGUUUAAUUGUUACCACUUGAAUUUUAUCUGUGAUAUAAUCCUCUAAGGGUUCAAUAAAUUGGGAAAACAAAUACGUUCUCUAGCUGCUUCAGCCAGUACUAUAUAUGUUUCGGUCAUACAGUUUAAAAAACUGGAUAAGCGUAAAAUAUCUUGCAUGCCCCAUAAGGCUGUAUUAAGAAGUAUUUUAGUUCCUAACAUUUGAAUACCAAACCGCAAUAUUAAAAACUUGUGCAGAAUAAGGUUGUAUGUUUGAUUCACUCUUGUUAGUUUAGUUGCAUCAGUUUACAUUUCAUCGUAUUAUUAUAACACCAACGAUUGUGAAACCGUGGCGAAUAAAAACGGUAGACAAUGCUUCGUGUCAGUUCUCAUGCUUUAACCCCGAUCAGCUAACUGACCCUAAGCAAAUUGGCCUAAGUAGCUCUUUCUUAAAUAAUAUAUAUUUGAAUUUGGUUGUUCGUAUGUAACUUUGAUUGUAUAUAAUAAAUAUUUGAAAUUA